AGACGUGAAAUUUUUUUUUAAAUAUUAAAAUUCAAAAAAACUAGCUACAUAAAUUCAUUAUGAGUGAGUCUAUGAGAAAAUUAAGAGUUGGUUGCAUACAAAUAACAGUAAGUGCUAAUAAAGCUGAAAAUGUGGCUCGAGCUGUCGAGAAAAUUCGAGAAGCGAAAAAGAGAGGAGCUGAACUUGUAGUACUUCCAGAAUGCUUCAAUAGCUUCAUUAGUAAUGAUUAUUAUGGUAAAUAUGCUGAACCAAUUCCUGGCGAAACAACUAAUAUUUUGUCAAAAUUGGCAAAGGAGCUAGAAAUUUUCAUCAUCGGAGGUACGAUUCCUGAAAAUGAUGGAGAUAAGCUGUUUAAUACUGCAACUGUCUGGGGAAAAUCAGGAGAACUGAUGGGAAAAUUUCGUAAAAUGCAUUUGUUUGACAUAGACAUACCAAAUGAAAUGACAUUCAGAGAAUCAGAUUCCUUAUCACCUGGAAAUGAGCUUACUAUCAUUAAUAUCAAAGAUUUCAAAAUUGGAUUGGGAAUUUGCUAUGAUGUUAGAUUUGAAGAACUUGCUAAAUUAUACAGAAAGCAAGGUUGCAAUUUACUCGUAUAUCCAAGUGCAUUUGGUAUGAAAACAGGACCAUUGCAUUGGGAGUUAGUUGGACGAUCCAGAGCAAAUGAUAAUCAACUCUAUACUGUACUCACUUCUCAAGGAAGAGAUUUAAAUGGUCCUUAUGUUGCUUAUGGGCACUCUUAUGUUGCUGAUCCAUGGGGUAAAAUGCUCUUUAUGGCUGGAACAGACGACGAAUUAUUCAUUGUUGAUUUGGAUCUGGAUGUUGUGGACAAAGUUAGAUCAAACAUCCCAAUAUUUAUUCAACGUCGAGCUGAUAUUUAUGAUACUGUCCAAAAGAAUUGAGCAUGUUUUCAAAUACAUUUUGAAAAAUAAAAUUUUGAAUUUCAGGGUCUGCA